AUGAAGGUGUACCUCCACUUCGAGGGCAGCGGGCUGCCAGAGUACACGCUCAUCCUGACGCUGGCCAACGAUGCACCGGACACCUUUAGCGACCUUUUAGACGUGCGGAAGCGGCAGUACAAGCAAGACGCACGAGUGGUCAAGUCUGUUGACGACCGAGCCGACCUCUACGUCAUCGCGCUGGCCUCGCCACCAGCCACUUCCGCAACCCCGUCGAACCUCGACUGCCGCCUCUACUACUACUCCCGCUACUACGCCUACGUCCACGUCUACUUCUACUUCGUCCUCUUCGUCGUCUUCCUCUUCAUCAACGCCGUCCGCCGCGUCGUCCGAUCCGACCGCGCUCAUGUCCGCCUUGCGGCUCUCGGCGUUGAAUGCUACUCACGGGCGCUGACCGUCACUUCCACGCGCGUUGACUCCGUACACAGGGGCAGCGACGACGUGGUGGCGCCUGGCCUGCCGGACCCGCUCGACUCGAGCACGGCCGCCAAUCCCGCCGUGCGGCAGUACAUCGAACAUUCGCUAGCCAUCGCCGAGCAAUCGCGCCAGAAGGGCAACUAUAGACACGCGGUUUCCAUAUUCGAGCAAGUGCUGGCUCUUAUUCCAAACCAGAAGAUGUGCCUCUUGCAAUUGGGCAAGAUAUGGCUAAGCGUAAAGAACUACGAAAAGGCCCUGCCGUACUUGAUGCGUGGCGUCGAGGUCCAUUCACUGGACCCCGAGUUCCACUCUACGUACCCCGUGCGCGAGGGACGCGAACUGCACACCACCACGAUCCGCAACGAACACGCCUACUACUGCUGCAUCGCCCAGCUAAUGGGUUACCACAAGCUUCCGCUUAAGGACAACCGCCCGCUCUACGUGGCCGGCGACAGCCACAGCAUGGCCACGGCCUGGCACACACUCAACAUCAAGGGCGAGGAGCGGCUGCUCAAGCCCAUGCUGGUCACGGGCCUCAAGAUGUGGCACCUGAGGCCCGAGAGCGUGUUCUUCCCCAAGAACAAUUUCUACAACGUCGUGUCCACCAUUUUCCUGUUCGGCGAGAUCGACUGCCGCGAAGGGCUCAUCGUCUCCGUUGAGAAGUGCCGCUACCGCGACCUCAAGGAGGGCGCACAGGUCACGAUUCAAAUAUUUAUCAACGUGUUGAAGGAGCUGAGGCAAAAGUACAAGUGGAACAUCUACAUUCACCCCGUCGUGCCCGUCCUCAACGAAACCAGAAACAUCGUUAAGCAGUUCAACGAGGUGUACAAGGAGCACGUCAUGCGAACGCCCGGCCUUCACUGGCUCGACUUCUUCGGCGACCUUCUCACACCCGACGGCACCGGUUUCAAUACGGCCUACGAGUUGGACGGCACGCACAUGAACCCGACCUACCUCCCGCUCCUGGAAAAGGCCAUGAACGCCACCCUGGGGCCGCAGUAA